AUGGCAGCGAACAAGACUACCAUCGCCAGCGAGGACAAGACAAUACGGGUCUACCUCCAGAAGGAAUACCCUAAGGAGGUCUGGUAUUUUGUGGCUUGCUUCAUUUUCGUUGUCAUUCUCGGUCAACUUGGCUCUUGGGUGGUCUCAAGGGUUUCAUCGAGGAAGCGCACUAAUUCGACGGUGGAUGCUGAAGCUGGUGCCGAGACUUCCCUGAGGCAAUUUUCAGUCCGCCGUAUUCCUUCUGCCAUUGUCAAUGCGUAUCGGGUGAUCGCCUUUCGGUGGACACUGGGGUUCGGUAGCUCGUACACUCUCAAUCUUGCCGAGGUGUUCGUGACAUGCGCGUACAUCAUCGCGCUUUUCAUAUGGGAAUUCGUCAACACCACGGACUUGGAAGGACAGAAGUUCACCCUGAACUGGUAUGGUAACAGAGCUGCGAACAUCGCGUCGGCCCAAAUGCCUCUUGUAACGGCACUUGGCACUAAAAACAACGUCAUUGCAUACAUCACCGGGAUCAGUUACGAUAAGCUGAACUUCGUUCAUCGAAUGACGGCUCGAGUAAUCUUCGUGAUGCUUUGGGUGCACGGGGCGAAUUGGGUGAGAUACAACCCGUGGGCAGAGUAUGAGGAUACUCCGUGGUUCGUCCCACUUGGCUUGACGUGCAUCGUCGCUUUCACGAUCCUUUGCGUGAUGUCUCUACGCCCCAUCCGAGAAAGGGCCUAUGAGCUGUUCUUCAUCACUCAUUUUCUCAUGGUUUUCAUUAUCCUCCUCGGUGGGUACUUCCAUGCCAACCGGCAAGGCAUGGGGUCGUAUAUCUGGCCGAGUUUCAUCGUCUGGGGACUUGAUCGAUUCAUUCGCCUCGUGCGCAUGGUUGUCUUCAAUCACCUCUAUUUCUCGUGGAGCAAGAAGAAGGUCUAUUUCGACGCGAACGUCGAACUCCUCUCUCCUCACUUCAUUCGCGUCCGGCUCGCGCGGCCGCCUCACUUCCACUGGACCCCAGGGCAGACAGCAUAUCUCACCAUGCCAGGCGUCUCGCGCUUCCCCACCGAGGCACAUCCAUUCACCAUUGCCAGCGUCGAAACCCAGGAAGCUGCCCCGAUGUCCGACAAGCAGCUGGGCGACGUGGCACCCUACUGGAGGGAGCUGGUAUUCCUCAUCAAUGUACGGGACGGCUUCACACAGCGGCUGAAGAAGAUCGCCGAGAAGGGUGGGAAGGCUACGGCUCUCGUCGAUGGUCCAUAUGGGUUCACUCCUAACUUGGACAACGAUGACACCGUUGUGCUGGUGGCAGGUGGUUCUGGCAUUUCAUUCACACUCUCGACGUUCUUGGGGUUGAUCGACAAGGUUCGAGCUGGAAAGAGCGCGUGUCGCAAAGUGGUGUUUAUCUGGGCGAUCAGAGAAGCGAGUCAUAUCGAAUGGGUUUCAAAGGCUUUGAAGCAGGCCCUCGAGCUCACUCCUCCGUCACUCAACGUGAACAUCCUUAUCCAUGUGACUGCAGGGGAACCGCUGCCCGUUGCGAGUGAGAAGGCGUACGAUGACGACUCUGUUCACGAUGACUCGGCAAGCAAGUCUCAAGAAAAGGGCAGCGCCACCAUAUCCUUGCUCGAUUACUCUGCUGUCCAGCUGUUUCCUGGACGGCCGGAUCUCCAUGCACUUCUCCGGAAUGAAGUUGCCACCGCGACCGGUUGUCUAUCUGUGACGGUCUGUGGAUCGCAGGCGAUUGCUCGAGCGUGCCGCACUGCUCUCAGGUUCCCCGUCUCUACUCCAUUGAACGUUGCAAAGGGAGGCCCGAGCGUGAUCUUGCACGUCGAAUCGUACGGCUAUGCUUAG